AUGAGCGUUGUCGGGAUAGAUUUUGGUGCUCAGAGCACGAAAGUUGGAGUCGCACGGAACAAGGGAAUAGACAUCAUUACCAAUGAAGUCUCGAACCGAGCUACACCGUCUCUAGUCGGGUUCGGACCAAAGAGCAGAUACCUGGGCGAGUCGGCUAAAACGCAGGAAAUCUCAAACCUCAAGAACACCAUCUCCUCCCUCAAGCGCCUCGCCGGGCGGACCAUCGAUGACCCCGAUAUUGCCAUCGAGCAGCAAUACAUCACGGCACCACUAGUCGAUGUUGAUGGUCAGGUUGGAGCCGAGGUCACAUACCGAGGGGAGAAGAAGAGAUUCAAUGCAGUCCAGCUGAUUGCAAUGUACCUUGGGAAAAUCAGAGAUACUGCCAGUCGAGAGUUGAAGCUUCCUGUCUCGGACGUCGUGCUCAGCUGCCCGCCGUGGUUCACGGAUGCUCAGAGAAGAGCGUUGAUCGAUGCCGCCGAGAUCGCCGGAUUGAAAGUCCUCCGGCUCAUCAAUGACAACACCGCAACCGCCCUCGGUUAUGGCAUUACAAAGUCAGACCUGCCGGAAGGGGAUGCGAAACCCCGCCGAGUGGUCUUUGUAGACGUUGGCCACAGUGACUACACCGUCUCGGUUGUGGAAUUCCGCAAGGGUGAAUUGGCGGUCAAAGCCACCGCCUUUGACCGACACUUCGGUGGCCGCAACAUCGACAAGGCCCUUGUUGACCAUUUUGCUGCCGAGUUCAAGGAGAAGUUCAAGGUGGAUAUCACGACCAACGCAAAGGCGACUACGCGCGUGGCCGCGGCAGCAGAAAAGCUCAAAAAGAUUCUCUCUGCAAAUGCUCAGGCUCCUAUCAGCAUUGAGUCUCUCAUGGAUGACAAGGAUGUCCGAGCCACGUUGAAGCGGGAUGAACUCGAAGAGAUGAUCAAACCCCUCCUCGACCGAGUCACCGCGCCUCUGGAACAAGCUCUCGCGGAUGCCAAGCUCAAAGUCGAGGACAUCGAUGUCAUUGAAAUGGUGGGCGGCAGCACCCGUGUCCCGGCCAUCAAGGAGAGAGUUGCCCAAUUCUUUGGCAAGCCACUCUCAUACACACUCAACCAAGAUGAGGCCAUCGCCCGCGGGUGCACCUUCAGCUGUGCCAUCCUUUCUCCAGUUUUCCGCGUCCGAGACUUCUCCGUCCAUGACAUUGUCACCUAUCCGAUCGAGUUUACCUGGGAACAGUCCCCAGACAUCCCGGAUGAGGAUACCAGCUUGACCGUCUUCAAUAAGGGCAAUGUGAUGCCGUCGACCAAGAUUCUUACCUUCUACCGGAAACAGCCUUUCGACCUGGAGGCUCGAUAUGCCAAGCCGGAAAUGCUCCCUGGCAAAAUCAACCCCUGGAUUGGACGUUUCUCGGUGAAGGGAGUCAAGGCAGAUGAAAAGGAUGACUUCAUGAUCUGCAAACUCAAGGCACGUCUCAACCUCCAUGGCAUCCUCAACAUCGAGAGUGGUUACUAUGUUGAGGACGUCGAAGUCGAGGAGCCUGAACCGGAGAAGCCCAAGGAUGGAGACGCCAUGGAGACCGACCAGCCUAAUGGUUCCGCCGAAGGCAAGCCCAAGAUGCGCAAAGUCAAGAAACAGGUGCGCAAGGGAGACCUGCAGCUUGUCUCCGGGACGUCUUCCUUGGACGAGUCCACCAAAUCUGCUGCCGGCGAACUCGAGAACGCCAUGUUCAUGGAGGACAAGCUGGUGACAGACACCGAAGACAAGAAGAACGAACUGGAAUCGUACAUCUACGAGCUCCGUGGCAAGCUGGACGACGUCUACUCGGAGUUUGCUAGCCCCGAGGAGAAGGAGAAGAUCCGGGCUACCUUGGAGAAGGCAGAGGAUUGGUUGUACGAGGACGGUGAAGAUGCCACCAAAGCGCAAUAUGUCGCCAAGAUGGACGAGAUCCGAUUCGUUGCCGGCCCCGUCAUCCAGCGAUACAACGACAAGGUCGAGGCGGAACGUCAAGCAGUGCUGAAGGCUCAGGAAGAGGAAGCCGCGAGGAAGAAAGCCGAGCUCGAAGCCAAGAAGAAGGCGGAGGAAGAGGCCAAGAAGGCUCAAGAGAAACCAUCCCAGUCAGCGGCAGAGGAUACGGAAAUGAAGGAUGCAGAUGGCGACGCUGUCAAGCCUGACGCUGUGGAGGAGAAGUAG